AAAACAAUAAACAUGCACAACAUGACAAUUGAAGUGCAUGUACACGUCAAGCAAUAAACCUAUUAAGAAUAUAAUGAUUGUUAAUAAAUGAAUUUUUAUUAGAAAGAAAUAAUGAAAGAGAACUGAUAACGUAGGAUUGCGUUAGAAAUACUUUUGUAAAGUUUUAGGCAUUGGCAAUGGGUGGUCUCCUAAGUUAUUUUAAAGGCCUUUUUGGAGCCCGUGAGAUGAGAAUCCUUAUUUUAGGUUUGGAUGGUGCCGGCAAAACCACAAUCUUGUAUAGGUUACAAGUGGGCGAAGUAGUUACUACAAUUCCAACAAUUGGAUUUAAUGUAGAACAAGUACAGUAUAAAAAUCUUAAAUUUCAAGUUUGGGAUCUCGGAGGCCAGACAAGCAUUAGGCCAUAUUGGCGAUGUUAUUACAGUAAUACUGAUGCUAUAAUUUAUGUGGUUGAUUCAGCAGAUAAAGAAAGAAUUGGUAUAUCUAAAGAUGAACUUUUUCACAUGUUAAGGGAAGAAGAGUUGCAAGAUGCAAUACUAGUUGUAUUAGCCAAUAAACAGGACAUGGCUGGAUGUAUGAGUGUGGCUGAAGUUCACCAGGCGUUAGGUUUAGAUGCAUUAAAAAAUAGAACAUUUCAAAUAUUUAAAACUUCAGCAACCAAAGGUGAGGGAUUGGACCAAGCAAUGGAUUGGCUUUCAAAUGCACUUCAAUCUAGAAAAUAAUUUAUUGACAUCAUGUUUUUGUACAGUACUAGUCCUUAUGAAUCAUUUAUGUUUAUUGGUACCCAUUGAACUUCAAAAAUUAAGAAUAGCUGAAGAAAAUUUACUUUGAAUUUAAAUAUUUAACAUAUUUUUAUUAUGAAUUAAACAGUUGCCCAUAAUUUGUUUCAUGUAUGUAAUUAUAAACAUAUUUAGUUUAAAAAUAAUUGAACGUGGGUUUCAUAAUUAUGGCAAACCUAUUGAAAAGAUUUAAUGUAAGCUACAUUUAACUUUAUUUUAUUAGCCACAAUGUAAAAUUCUCUGUUUGCAAUCUUAAUAUGUAUAUGUUGUAAGUAUUCUAUUUAUUUCGCAACUUUUAUCAUUCCUUGAGCGAGUUGUAAUCCAGUUAUCAUUAAACAAACUUAAUUUUUACCAUUUGUAA